AUGUGCUCCAGACAAAGCUCCGGAGGCUGCCAUGGGAUGUCCUCCCAGUCCAGCGGGUGCCACAGCUCGGGCUCCAGUUGCCACGGGAGCGGCUCCUCCAGUUACCAGUCCCAGGGCUCCUCCUGCUGCGGGGGCGGAGGGGGCUCCGGCAAAAUCAUCAUCAGCUCUGGUGGUGGAGGAGGUGGAUCCUGCUGCAGCGGGGGCUCCUCCGGAUACGGGAUGGGAGGGGGAUACGGUGGUGGCUCCUCAGGAUCAAAGAGCAUCAUUGGAGGGGGAAGCAGUGGAGGGUGCUCAGGUUAUGGCAUGGGAGGAGGAUACAGUGGUGGCUCCUCAGGAUCAAAGAGCAUCAUUGGAGGGGGAAGCAGUGGAGGUUCCUCUGGAUACUGUGGUGGAGGGUCCAGCUAUGGCAUGGGAGGAGGAUACGGUGGUGGAUCUUCAGGAUCAAAGAGCAUCAUUGGAGGGGGAAGCAGUGGAGGUUCCUCUGGAUGCUGCAGUGGAGGGUCCGGCUAUGGCAUGGGAGGAGGAUACGGUGGUGGAUCUUCAGGAUCAAAGAGCAUCAUUGGAGGUGGAAGUAGUGGAGGUUCCUCUGGAUACUGUGGUGGAGGGUCCAGCUAUGGCAUGGGAGGAGGAUACGGUGGUGGAUCUUCAGGAUCAAAGACCAUCAUUGUAGGGGGAGGUAGUGGAGGUUCCUCUGGGUACUGUGGUGGAGGAUCUUCAGGUUAUGGCAUGGGUGGAGGAUAUGGUGGUGUGUCUUCAGGAAGCAAGAUCAUAAUGGGAGAUGGAGGCAGUGGAGGUUCCUCUGGAUGCUGCAGUGGAGGAUCCAGCUACGGGAUGGGUGGAGGAUAUGGUGGUGGCUCUUCAGGAUCAAAGAGCAUCAUUGUAGGGGGAGGCAGUGGAGGUUCCUCUGGGUACUGUGGUGGGGGAUCUUCAGGAUACGGGAUGGGAGGAGGUUACGGUGGUGGCUCUUCAGGAGGGAAGACCAUCAUUGGAGGUGGAGGCAGUGGUGGAUCCUCCGGAUGCUGCAGUGGAGGAUCCAGCUAUGGGAUGGGCGGAGGAUACGGCAGCAGCUCCUCAGGCCAGACCAUCAUCAUCAGCUCUGGAGGUGGCGGCGGAGGCUCCUCCCAGCAGAAAUGUCCCAUCGUCAUCCCCAGUGUGGUGUCCCACCAGAGCAAGCAGAGCUGCUACUGGCCCUACAGCCAGCAGAAGUGACAGCCCUGGGCAGCUCCGGUUCUGAGCCUCUGCCACGGCACCUCUGCGUCCCAGCCCUGGCUCCACUGCCUGGUCCUUCCCAGCGCAUCCUCUCCUGUCCCCUGGACGCUGCAUCCUCGUGUGAGAACUCCAGGAUUCCCCUGCUGUGCUCCUGGUGUU